GGGCGGGGGGAGCGCGCCAGCCGCCGGGAGUGGGGGGCGAUGGCGAAGCUCCGGGUGGCUUACGAGUACACGGAAGCCGAGGACAAGAGCAUCCGGCUCGGCUUGUUUCUCAUCAUCUCCGGCGUCGUGUCGCUCUUUAUCUUUGGCUUCUGCUGGCUCAGUCCCGCGCUGCAGGAUCUGCAAGCCACGGCGGCCAACUGCACGGUGCUGUCGGUGCAGCAGAUCGGCGAGGUCUUUGAGUGCACCUUCACCUGUGGCGCCGACUGCAGGGGCACCUCGCAGUACCCCUGCGUCCAGGUCUACGUGAACAACUCCGAGUCCAACUCCAGGGCGCUGCUGCACAGCGACGAGCACCAGCUCCUGACCAACCCCAAGUGCUCCUAUAUCCCUCCCUGUAAGAGAGAAGACCAGAAGAACUUGGAAAGCGUCACGACCUGGCAACAGUACUGGAAGGACGAGGUCGGCUCCCAGCCGUUCACUUGCUAUUUUAAUCAAUUUCAAAGUCUCUUUCAGCUCUGGCUUGUUGAGGAAGUCCCUCCUGUAUCCCUGGAUUCUCAGACAUGCCAGACUACCAUACCAGAUGAUGUGCUCCUGCAUCGCACGCAUGAUGAGAUUGUCCUCCUGCAUUGCUUUCUCUGGCCCCUGGUGACAUUUGUGGUGGGCGUUCUCAUUGUGGUCCUGACUAUCUGCGCCAAGAGCCUGGCAGUCAAAGCAGAAGCCAUGAAGAAACGCAAGUUCUCUUAAAGGGGAGUAGGCUUGUGGAAAGCAAAGCACAGAAGCUGCACCCAUCAGCACACAUCUACCUGCAGAGCCUGUUUCCUGGCGCAGGAGAUGGAAGGGGCUAGGAGAGGUCUCUGAGAGGCUCCUCCCUCGGUGGCAGCAGAGACCGGCACAACUGGAAGACUUGGAACCUCAUAGAUCGUAUGCCAUGUGUCAUAGCGGUGGCCAAAGGGUCAAGCUCUUAACCGUAUGGAGUAACCAUUUCAGAAAUUCCUAUAAGAAGUUAAUUUUCUUUGGAAAGUAACAGUAUAUAAUUGUACAGUGUAGUAUACAAACCAUUAUGAUUUAUGCUACUUAAAAACAUUAAAAGAGAAUGGUCCGUGUUCUUUUCUAUUUCUUUUUUAUGCUUAGAACACCACGAUUUUAAAGAAGGGGCUGGUGGGUUUCAUUUGAUUCUGUUAGAUGAAACUUGUACUUAAAGAUGAGGUCCCCUGCCCAAGUUUUGAACUCACAAUACAAUCCCCAGUUUCCAUUAUUUAAGAAUACCUUUUGAUGCCUACUUGAAAAAGGAAAGCUGCAGCAUUAACUCAAUCUUCAGUCAUUUCUGUGAUUCUUCUUCAUCAAGGAACCCUCAAAGAUUGGGAACACAUAUCCUCCAACACUUUCCUUUGCCGCUCCAUUAUUUUGCACCAGAUUAUCUCUUAAGAGAGAGAGAGGGUUCUGAACAAGGUCUAUCCUAGCUCUAAGAGCACUAUGCUCCUUUACUCACGUGUCUGUGUUGUGUUUGAUGGAUUUCAUCUCUGCGCAAUAGAAUGGACAUGAUGUGAAGGACACAUUUCAGCUCAGUUAAAUGCUGUUUUCGUUCCUUUUAUCUUUUAGCUCAGAAAAAAAAAUAUAUUGAAAAUCUG